AUGGUGCUGCCACUGCCCAAACUCAUCCAGUCGAACGAAGGGAGAGUAUUAUACCAUAUUAAAAACCACCCACUAAGGACAGUUAAAAAAAAGAUCGAAGGUUUUUUCAAAUAUGAAUCUUUGGAUAACCUAAGCAGUGACAUAAGUGUGAAGCAAAACUUCGAUGAGCUCUUCGUGCCCCUCACACACCCCGCUAGGAACAUAAAAGAUACUUUUUACUUAAGUGAAAAUUACGUAAAAAAAUUUUCUUCUCUCCAUAAUGAUCUAUACACCCAACUGGAGAAUACCAAUGGAAUUUAUAAGUACUACUUGGUCACCAAAUUGGUGCGCCAUCAGGAGGUCUUGCUGAAAAGGACCCAUAUGACCGCACAUUUACCUGACCUGUUAAGGCGAAAUUACAAAAAUGUUAUCUACACGGGAAGUGUCUACAGAAGGGAUGAAAUUGAUAGGUUUCAUUUUCCCAUUUUCCAUCAGACAGAUGGGUUUCUGAUCCGCCCGGACAAGUUUGACGUCGAAACGGAUUUGAAGAGGAACCUUGAACAGUUGAUUCGGUACUUGUUUGAUUCUUCCGACAUAAAAAUGAAAUGGGAAGAUAACACGUCCUUCCCGUUUACGGACCCGUCUUACGAGCUGUAUAUCCAAGGGGCAUCGUCAGGGGGAAUCACCACAACUCGAGAUGAUGUCGGUGGGGAACCCCCCUGGGUGGAAGUCCUCGGGUGUGGGAAAAUCAAAAAGGAAGUCAUCGCCAUGGCCCUGCACGCGGAAGAUAUACGCCAAAUAAUAGAGGAAGAGAUUUCCCGUCAUGACAGGGGCCUCCUUGGAGACCUCCAAUCGAUUGAGGAAGCCGCUAGUGAAGCCACCGUGGAGUGGAUCCCCCCCAAUGUGGGUACCCCCAAGAAUAUCGUAGACAACCUCUGCAGCGCCCACCUGAACAACCGAAUUGAAGCUCAAAUGAACAAAUUCCUAAAAACGAUUAGGUACCAAGGAUGGGCCUUCGGAAUCGGACUUGAACGACUAGCCAUGCUGCUUUACCACAUCCACGACAUACGUUUGUUUUGGAGUAACGACAGCAGAUUCAUUGAUCAAUUUGAGGAAGGCGUAAUAAGCAAAUUCCACCCCUUCAGUAAUUUCCCUCCUGUGGAAAAAGACAUUUCCUUUUAUAUAACCAGUCAAUUUAAAGAAGAUAUAUUCUUUCAAAUUUGCAGAGAUGUAGCUAACGAAAAUAUCGAGCAAGUAAAAAAAAUCGAUUCCUACCACAACCCCAAGAACAAUCAAACAAGUGUCUGUUAUAGAAUAACUUAUCGGUCCCACACGCAGAACCUUACCCAUAAGGCUGUAAAUGAGCUGCAGAGUAAAAUUGUCCAAAUGUUGGUGAAGCAGUGCGCAGUCACCAUCCGGUAA